AUUUUGGUGAGCGGUUACGCGGUCCCUUCGAACGUGUCCCGGGUUACGUGUCAAGGGCCAAAAAUCAUUGGCCCAAGCCACUCAAACGCUGGGCCAAUAAGCAGCCCAAAGCCUAAUCAGUUAAUGUGUGUGUGUGUGGAGUGUCUAACAGAUAUAAGAGAUAUCUAAUAGAAAGUAAAGAUCACUGAUAUAGCUUUUAGCUUGAUGCUAAAAAUGUCAGCCACUAUCGGCAAAGUUCUGCAACAAAACGAGCCACAAAUCGCAUUUUGAUUCUGGCCAAUUGCCAGGAAAGUGGAAACCAUCAAAAGCGUUAGCUGCCACAACCACAAAAGCUACGACAACAAAACCACCAACAAGAGCAAUGUCGAGUGGCAGUGUGCUGGACGUGCUUUGUAGUGGCAGUGGCGCCCGCCUGGCCCUCGGGACCUCGGUAAUCGCCUAUCUGAUUGUCUACAAUGAGGCAUCCGCCCCGAGCCUCCUGUUCGCUGUCCUUUUGGCCACCAUCUACGGCAUCAUGUCAGCACGCUGCAAGACGAGUCUGCGCAGCCUGCAGAUGCCAUAUGUGAGGGCCACUAAUAAAUUUGAUUUUGGCUGCUUGUUUUUGGCCAUCUGGCUGGAUGCUUUGGCUGCCAUGUGUGCUUGUGCCGCCUUUGCCAGGACCCUGAGUGCUUGUCUUGAUGCCAUGACGGGUGGUCUGGCCAGGAUUCUUAUACUGGGACGCAAUGCACCCACCAACGAGCCAUGGCCCGAUGUUCUUGGUGUUUCGGUUGUCUUCUUGGUCACCGGGAUGUUCAUGCUGGGACUGGAGCACUCGAGGGCCUUCAGCCUCAUCCUGACACUCGGCAUGCUCGGCCUGAACGCCAUUCUCAGUGCCGUGGGCUGGUGGCGGGGCAAUUUGUUGGCCUGGUCUGCGGAUAACUACUUCCAGCCUGAUGGCAUUAGCAGUGUCUUCUUGGCCACCGCCCUGCUCACGUAUUCGUUCCCCAGCGAUUGGCCGCAACAGCAUCGAAGUGGCCGCUUCAUGGGCACCCUAAUCACAGGAUUAGUCAGCGUAUCCUUGCUCCUGACAGCCAUUUGUCUCUCCACAAUUGUGCACUACAAAGCCCAUGAGGAGUAUGUGGCCGUGCCUUUGUUCAACAUCCUGGAUGAAAGUGGCUUCCAUAAAUUGGUUCCUGCCUCGGCCUGCAUGCUCCUUCUCAGCAGCUCUGCGGCCUUUUUGGAGCUCUUUCCCGAACUAUAUGGCAUUGUAGUCCGCCUGGCCACCUCGGAAUGGCGGAUUCUGUCCAAGCAAAUCAGUUACGAGAGCUCGGAGAGCGGCAAUCCCGUUUUGGCCGUUUUCAUUGCCGGCAGCAUGUGUGCCAUGCUGGCCUUUGCAUGUCCGCUGCAACAUCUGAGUUAUACGUUGGCGGCCAGCCAUAUGGGUGGAGUUUUUCUGAGGGCCUUCUACUUGCUGUACACUCCAUAUAGGCCCAAAUUCAUGGCCCCCAGCAGCGAGUCUUCACUGUCGUACAGUCGCCUGUCCACGGCGCCGAUAGCCAAGAGCACAAGUUGCAGUAGUGCCGCCACUUCCAGUUCCAGCCGGCUGAAACGUAGCCUCUGGAAUAUUGGUCUUCCAAAGCACAGUGGCUUAAAGAAACCCAAAACCAAGCCGAAGAACAAACAGGAACUGGAGAAGGAGUGGCUGCUCCUGGGUGAGCCCACCUCGCCGUGUCCGCAGCGAGAGGGCAGGGAUGUGGAGUCCACCAUUCUGUCGGACGGAGAGCCACCGCCAUCAGACUUUGAGUAUCCUGACAAGUUUGAUAAAAGCGAUUCGGACACCUCUACGGAUAUUGAUGCCAUUGUAGAUGAAUACCGCGAAAAGAUUAAGGUCACAACCGCAGGACCCCUGGAGCGAAGUGUGCGAGUGCCGACCGGAAGUUCCUGGCACGUGACCAUCUUUGCAUUGGUGGUGAUUGCCUUGGGCAUUGCCCUCUGCGUGGCAGGACUAAUGAUGCACUGGGCUCCAGCUGCACUAACAGGAGGAAUUGGAGUCCUAAUUGUUACUAUUAUGAUGGGCUUCAUACCCAAGUACACGGGCAGUGUGAUCAACGUCAGUCCCGUCAUCUGUGGCAUGUCCUUGCUGAUGGGUGUCAUCAUGUUUACGGAAAUUGCCGUACACUCGUGGCCAGGAUUGGUCAUCUGGCUGUUGGCUGGUCUGAUCCUUGUGGUCAGGUGCGAUAAGUAUUGCUGCAAUUGCUUUGAGCCCACAAGCAUGAUGAAUGCCCAUCUGAUACCGAGUGUCUCCGGAAAAACAAACUCUGGAACUGGAUGCGCCUCAGCAAUGGCAGGAUCAUCGUCGAAUUUGUCGACAGGACCCUCGACCAGCAUUCGGAUACCCAGACCGCCCAAGGGAGUGGGCGUGGUGAGCCUGCCGCAGCGUAUCAACGGCCACAGAUGACAGUCAGAGUCCUCGGAAGAGGAGGGCGAGGAUCUCUUCCACGAGGACUUCAAUGUUAGAGACUUUGAUGAGGAGGACGACGAGGAUUGCUGGACUGAUUAGCUUCUUGCCUUUUGCCACCAUUGGAGUUUCGAGAUCCGUUUAGCCAGGAUCUCUGGGAUGAUCUAGCUUCGAGCCACACGAAUGCCUAAAAAACUAUAGCUAGCUAGAAAUUGUUUGUCAAAAUUUAUGUAUUUUAUGCAACUCUAGUUAGAUGACUCUCUUUACAAAUAGGUUCCAAAUAAAAAUUAAAAUUCUAAAAUGGA